AUGAGGCCAGAGCUUCCAGGAUUCUACUCAUCUCGACCCUUCCGAUUCACCCAGUCAUCAACUCACCAAUCAAACUCAGAAGAUGAAAAAAGAAGCAGAACGGACUUCGAUCAAGCAGUAGUUAAUGUUUGGAAACGCGAACUCGGCCAACUCUCCACUCGCAAUUUCGCUCACCGACUCGCCGCCUCCGAGGAUCUUGUAUUGAGGCUUGAAGUACACAAGAAGUUAGAGAAGCACGAGGGGUGUGUGAACACGCUGAGUUUCAACGCAGACGGUGAUGUUUUGGUAUCGGGCUCAGAUGACCUGCGGGUGAUUUUAUGGGAUUGGGAAACUGGGCGUGUUAAGCUUUCGUUUGAUUCGGGUCAUCAUAAUAAUGUGUUUCAAGCUAAAUUCAUGCCUUUUUCUGAUGAUCGAACUAUUGUUACUUGUGCUGCUGAUGGCGAGGAAUUGCUUCUUUUGCUUAGAGGGUUUAGUACGUUUCUUGUUAAUAAUUCGGGAAGCUCAAAUUCUGGAAGGGGGAGAGUGAACACUAUAUUGCUUGGAAAUCACGAGGAAUCGCGGGUUCAUAAGUUGGCUAUUGAGCCUGGGAGUCCUCAUAUAUUCUAUUCUUGUGGCGAGGAUGGAGUGGUUCAACAUUUUGAUUUGAGAAGUAGGUCUGCUACAGAACUUUUUACUUGCCUAUCCAUUAAUGGUCCAAGGAGUUACCGGCCAUAUGUCCAUCUAAAUGCCAUUGCUAUUGAUCCAAGGAACCCAAAUCUCUUUGCUGUUGGGGGAAUGGAUGAGUUUGCUCGACUUUAUGACAUCCGCAAGUAUAAAUGGGAUGGGUCAAGCGAUUUUGGUCAACCUGCAGAUUAUUUCUGUCCUCAGCAUUUGAUUGGUAACGGGGAUACUGGAAUUACAGGCUUGUCAUUCUCAGACCAGAGUGAGCUUCUAGUCUCAUAUAAUAACGAGUCCAUAUAUCUUUUUACACGAAACAUGGGUUUGGGAAAUCCUCCAUUUCCAUCAUUUUCAUCUCCAAUUUCAACGGGCAGUGAUACAAGUGAAGUAGAACCUGGAUCUAUGGCAUCUUCAUCAUCUAUGGAUGUGGAUGGGAAAAAUGCUCCACAAGCUUAUAAGGGGCAUAGAAAUUGUGAGACUGUGAAGGGUGUGAGCUUUUUCGGGCCAAGAUGUGAGUAUGUUUCUAGUGGGUCUGAUUGUGGUCGGAUAUUUAUUUGGAAGAAAAGGGGUGGAGAGCUUAUUCGUGUUAUGGAAGCAGAUAAGGAUGUGGUAAAUUGUACCGAACCCCAUCCUCAUACCAUGGCACUUGCUAGCAGCGGAAUCGAGCAUGAUAUAAAACUAUGGACCCCAAAGGCUGUUGAGAGAGCUACGCUGCCAACAAACAUCGGACAGCUGAAACCAAAGGCUAGGGGAUGGAUGUACCGCUUAGCUUCACCAGAGGACCUGAUGUUGCAACUAUUCUCACUUCAAAGGCAGACUAGCCCAGAGGACGGUGCGCAGAACUCGGCCACAGGUACGGAACUUAUAGAGCUUAUACGAUCAUUCAACGCCAACAGCGACGUUUCCUCAGAUGAUGGAGGAAAUAUUGCAAUUUUUGAUGACUCGUUGAGCUAG